CCACCCACACCAUCUGUUUGAAAUUUUGUUUGUGGGUCUGGGGUGGUGUUGAAACACUAGAGAGAUGGCAAUUGGGCAGUUUAAAGAUGUUGAAAGCGGUGAAAUCAAAGGGCUUGAAGAUUUACAGAAGCCAUUGAUUGUUGUUGUUGAAGAAAAUGAGAAGGUUGUUGUUGUUCAUGGGAAUGGUAAAAAUGCUGGUGAUGAAAAUGGGUCCAUUUGGAUGGUGUUGCUCUGCACAUUUGUUGCUGUCUGUGGCUCAUUUGAAUUUGGAUCUUGUGUGGGGUAUUCAGCACCCACUCAAUCUGCUAUCAGGGAAGAUCUUAAUCUAUCUCUAGCUGAGUUUUCAAUGUUCGGUUCCAUCUUAACCAUUGGUGCAAUGCUUGGUGCUGCCACUAGUGGUAGGAUUGCAGACAUGAUUGGUCGAAAAGGGGCAAUGAGAUUAUCAGCUGGUUUUUGCAUCACUGGAUGGCUUGCUGUUUAUUUCUCUAAGGGGGCUCUUUCACUGGAUGCUGGAAGAUUUUCCACUGGUUAUGGCAUUGGAGUUUUCUCAUAUGUGGUCCCAAUCUUCAUAGCUGAAAUAGCACCAAAGAAUCUCAGAGGAGGGCUCACAACAUUGAAUCAGCUCAUGAUUGUUACCGGUUCAUCGGUUGCAUUCUUAAUAGGAACAAUCAUACCUUGGAGGGCACUGGCUCUAACCGGACUCGUGCCCUGCAUUUUCCUGUUUGUUGGCCUGUGUUUCAUACCUGAAUCUCCAAGAUGGCUGGCAAAGGUUGGCCUCAACAAAGAAUUUCAUGUUGCUCUUCGGAAACUUCGAGGCAAAGAUGCCGAUAUCACUCAAGAAGCUGAAGAAAUUCAAAUGUACAUUGAAACUCUUGAAAGCCUACCAAAAACUAGAAUAUUGGAUUUGUUUCAACCAAAAUAUAUACGAUCUGUGAUGAUUGGAGUCACAUUAAUGGUUUUCCAACAAUUUGGAGGAAUUAAUGGAAUAAGCUUCUAUGCAAGUGAAACCUUUGCAUCAGCUGGGCUUUCUUCAGGAAAAGCUGGAACCAUAGCUUAUGCUUGUCUUCAGGUCCCAAUAACUGUGGUGGGAGCAAUGUUGAUGGACAAGUCAGGAAGACGACCAUUGAUAAUGGUUUCUGCAACUGGCACAUUUCUUGGUUGCUUCCUGGCUGGCACUUCAUUUUAUCUCAAAGAGCAGAGUCUUUUGCCUGAAUGGCAACCAAUAUUAGCUGUUGGUGGAGUCCUUAUAUAUGUAGCAUCCUUCUCAAUUGGAAUGGGAGCAGUUCCUUGGGUGAUAAUGUCUGAGAUUUUCCCGAUAAACGUUAAGGGAGUAGCUGGUAGUUUUGUGGUGCUGGUGAACUGGUUAGGUGCAUGGGCAGUCUCUUACACUUUCAACUUUCUAAUGUGCUGGAGUUCAUCAGGAACAUUUUUUAUAUACUCAGGAUUCUGUGUAAUGACCAUCCUAUAUGUAGCCAAAUUUGUCCCAGAAACUAAAGGGAAAACACUGGAAGAAAUCCAGGCAUCCAUAAAUUCAUAAUGGGAAAAGAAAAUUUCAUUUUUGCAAGAAAAUUUUGGAUCAAUUCGUUUGAUUUCCAAGUCAAGACAGGGCAAUGAUUGGAUUCCAAGAAAAUUAGUUCUGGAAAUGAUUAUGCAGCUCUACCUGUUAUUUUAGCUUUUUUUCCACUUAUUUAUUCAAUAAGUUUCAGGAUGUAUAAUAUAUGAUUUAUAUUUUAGAUCAUUAUAUUUAGUGUUAGUAUUGAUUUGUCGUUGAAAUGCACUGGCGGGUUGUAAUUUUCAGAAGAAGAUGCCAUGAUUUUGAUUAGGGAAA